GAAUACCAGGAAGCAUUUGCGGCCUUUGACAAGGACAAUGAUGGCACAAUAACAUCGAAAGAGCUGGGUGAAGUGAUGAGAUUGCUUGGGGAAAACCCAACUGAAACUGAAUUACUCAAAAUUAUCGAUGAAGUGGAUUUAGAUGGUUAG